AGGCGCUCGAAAAGAACCGAUAAUAAUAAUACUAUCGAUACGUAUAACGACGAAAUAUCGAAAGAAACGCUCGCGAAUCCCACGAAACAGGCAACGCAGAGGAAAAACAAAAUCCCAAUCGAAUUGUGAAAAGUUGUACGUUCGCGCUAAACUCAAUACACAUUACUUAGUUAGAAAACGCAAUUUGUGGGCUAGAGCAAAGUGAAUGCUUUUGGCGAACGUAGAUUAGUGCUGUUAGCUAAACAAAGCCCUCAAAGUUACCUUCACCACCGCCGCCACCUGCACCUGCCGCUCCCUUUCCAAUAAAAUACUAUUUUUUGACGCACACCACAACAAAAAAAAAAUAAAAAGAAAAACGAAGAGGAGAAAAGAAAAGAAGAAGAGAACGCCAAUAACAUUUGCAGACGAUUCUAUUCGCUUUGCGAAAUCGAAAUCCAAGACGAAGGCCAACGCCAGCCGAUUAACACAACAGCCGAGCCAGCGACCAAAACAGAAAACCCUACAAAACAGAGCAACAGCAACCACAACAACAACAAUAACAACAACAACAAAUGAAGGCGACGCUCGAAAGUUAAAUGUAGAUUUUCGCAGCAAGCGCAAUUUAGCAAAGUCACGCCGCGUCAGCUAUACAAUUAACAAUUGCAAUAUAAAAUAUCAACUCAUCACAGCUCAGCGAUGUCCAUACGGACGCAGGUGCUCGGAUUCGUGGAUGUGAUGAUGCGGGUGCCGCCCAUCAUCGUCAUCGAUGAGAUUCUCAAAAUAGGCAUGGGUCUCCCAACGCAACUGAAAACAGGCACCGAGGAAACACUGACAACCGUUGAGGCCAUCGGCAGCAUUAACAACAAUAGCAGCGGGAGCAGCGGCAGCAGCACCACAGACACAUUUGCCACAACGCUCAAGGCGUUAUUUGGCAUAGGGAGCAGCGCAGAAGCGUCACAGAACAUCAGCCAAGCCGAUAUGCUGGAGCACAGCAUUGUGAAUGCCUCGAAUUCGGCACAGGCCGGCGGCAUGCUGAGCAGCAACUUCAACAGCAUCAUGGACGAACUGGACCUGGCCAACAUACUUAAUAUAACGACGGUGAAGUUUGUCGUCUGUUUGCUAGGUUUCUUGUGCGCUGCUUGCAUUUUCAUGCUGUGGACGCGGCAUUUGGUGAUGGUUUAUAUGUUUCUAACAUCGCUGGGACUCACCUUCCUCUCCUACUGGUCGAAUGUCAGUGCACUGGCACUAAUGGAGCACAGUCCGUGCAUACUCGAGGAUCUAAUGUCGAUGAACACGACCAGACUGCUCGAUUCGGGUGGCGUCAUCAUGACUCUGGCGCCACAUAUCAUAGCACAAUGGUUUAUGGGCAUGCUCUUUGCCUAUAUACAUCUGGGUCCACGAUUUACGCUGCUCCAGAAGGCGAUGCCCAUCAUAUUUACUAGUCCAAUUCUGAUUGCCAUGUUGCCCCUCUCACCGAGCAUUGUGGACAAGCUGCCCGUCGUUGCCGGACUCACGCCCAUCAUUCUUACAAAAAUCACCCUGAUGCAGAGCGCAAUGGACGCCAGCCGAACGGUAUACAAUGGCUACCAGUAUGCCAUGAACUUUGUAUCCAACUUUGGACUCUCCGCGCUCAUUGAGAAUGAAUGGCAGCGACUCAAUGUGCCAAGUGUGUUGCGUCUCUUUUGGACCAUCAGAAUUGUGCAGGGCGCAUAUGCCUUGUUGACAGCCGAGACGGAUGAGCCGCUGCUACUGUUGCCAACGAUCGAGAAGCUGCUCGUGGAUGGGUGUGAAACGUUGACCGCCGUGCUGGGCAUGACUGGGGUCAUUUCGAUGGUGUGCCAUUACAUUGGACGCAUCUUUCAGUGGUAUCUGCUGACAUAUGACAACGACGAAGAGAAAUCCCUGGGCACAGUUUCGGCGGUGCUCUUCUAUAUCCUUGCACUGCAAACUGGGCUGACAUCCCUGUCGCCGGACAAGCGUUUCGUGCGCCUGUGUCGCAAUCUAUGUCUUCUGGUCACGGCACUGUUGCACUUCCUUCACAACAUUGUGUCACCCAUAUUGAUGUCGCUGAGUGCAGCACGGAAUCCAUCACGAAAACGACAUGUGCGCGCCUUAUCCGUUUGCGCCUUCCUCAUUUGCAUGCCAGUCGUGCUGCUUUAUUAUCUAUGGGCGCAGCAUUCACCCUCCACUUGGCUGCUGGCGGUAACUGCCUUCUCCGUCGAAGUAAUUGUUAAGGUGCUUGUGUCGCUGGCUACCUAUACGCUCUUCCUGCUGGACGCACGUCGACAGUUCUUUUGGGAGAAACUGGAUGACUAUCUGUACUAUGUUCGCGCCUUUGGCAAUUCCGUCGAGUUCUGCUUCGGCAUCUUGCUGUUCAUUAAUGGCGCCUGGAUCUUGGUCUUUGAAUCGGGCGGCGCCAUCAGAGCGAUCAUGAUGUGCAUUCAUGCCUACUUCAACAUCUGGUGCGAGGCCCGAGCUGGCUGGUCUGUGUUCAUGAAGCGACGCUCAGCGGUCCACAAGAUCUCAGCACUGCCCGAGGCGACACCUGCCCAACUGCAGGCCUUUGACGAUGUUUGCGCCAUUUGCUACCAAGAAAUGUACUCGGCAAAGAUAACACGAUGCCGUCAUUUCUUCCAUGGCGUUUGCCUGCGGAAGUGGCUCUAUGUCCAGGACCGCUGCCCGCUGUGCCACGAGAUCAUGAUGUACACCGACAAGGCGGAGGAGAACGCUCAAGAGGCUGACCCAGCGAAUGCGGCACAAGCCGAACAGCCUCUACGCAUAUAUCCACGAGACGACGGUGCCAAUGCCGGUGCGCCGCGUCGAUCACCCGAGCGUGCUGCAGAAGUUAAUGCUGACCAUCUGCCGACAUCGAGCAGUGCUGCAGCAGCUAUUGCGAACAUUGAUAAUGCGAUAGCCAACCUCACGAAUGAGGCGAAUGCCACGAUUGCGGCUGAGGCGAGAGCAGCCGUUUCCAGCAGCAGCAGCAGCACAAGCAACAGCACCAAUGUCAGUUACAUAACGGCGUCCGGUCAACCAACACCAUCGACGGCCACAUCGGCGGCUGCUGUGGCUACGGCUGCGGCCAGCAAUACGACUCAUCUAUUUCGGUUGUCACAGGAACAGCAGUGAAGUGUAACGCUAUUCCUAAUCUUAGCAUACCAUUUGUAACUGUUCUAUGUGUUAGUGUACUUAUGUAAAAAUGCAAAACUCCUAAGCGAAA